GUUGCACUCUGACCAGCGCCCAGAUCAUCAUCCGCAGGUUUUCCUCGUCGCCGUCUCCUCUGCCGCUUAGAUUUCCCCGUCGGCGCCUCUUCUGGACGCAUAAAGCCAACCUGCUCAUUUGAGGCCGGCAUCCAAGCCAACUGCGCGUUCUCUGGACCCGACACCCAAAUCCAUAAUGUUGAUCACAAAGCCCAACAAAGUCUCCCUCACGCUCCUUCUUAUCCUCACUCUCUUCCUCGCCUUCAACCCGGCCGAAGCCAACUCGGGCGUCGCGCACCGCAGGGACCAUGAGAACCUAAACCGGGUCCUCAGGAAGCGCUCCCCUCAGCUCCUCGGGGCUGGGGAGGACCCCACUAAGGCGGCUGUCUCGACCGCAGCAGCGACGACUUCGGAGGCGGACGAGGAGGCGACCACGAAAGCUGCCACGACCACCAGCGCGACAUCUACGUCGAAGACCUCGACUAGUACGUCUACCUCUACCAGCGCUACUUCCACGUCCACGAGCAGCUCAUCCACGUCCGCUUCCACGACCAGCACUUCGGCUUCGACUUCUUCAUCCGCGACCUCCUCCUCUUCCUCAUCCUCCUCGUCGUCAUCUUCGUCUUCCUCCUCUUCGCCUUCUACGACUUCUUCCUCUACCACGUCUUCGUCUUCGACUACGGAAGCCCCUCAAACGACCGAUGCGACGAGCGAUGAGGUCGUCAUCAUCACGGACACGGCCAACUCGAGCAAGAAGACUGUCACGCAGACUGCUACCUCCUCUGCCUCGGAAGAGACCGCCUCCGUCCCGCUCGAGCAGUCCGGUAACACGGCUAAGAAGAGCACCGCAGUCACGGUCAUGAUCAUUAUCGCUGCGUCCGUCGGUGGUGUCUUCAUCAUCUGGACCGUCUUCCGCAAGUGGAAGUUCGGCCGCUCCAAGCAGUUCGACCAGCGCAUGCAGCCCAUCGACUGGCAGCCGAUGAACGACGAUAGCUCGAGCGCCGGUCUCCAGCGCGCCGCCUCCUCUGCGUCGUCCUUCCACUCUGGCAUGGACCACGGCGACAUGGCCGACCACGGCCGCGCGGGCCUGCAGCCCGUACCGAAUCACGACUUCACGGCAGGUGCGGCGCACCUCGCGCCCGUAGGCGGCUACGCAGAUCUCGCUCGCGGCCCGAGCCCGUCACCGAGCAUGCAGGAGGCGUUGCACCGUGGCCCGAGCUUCAACCGCGGCUACGACGCGAACGUGCCGCUGCACCACCAGACCGCCUACGACUACAAUGCCGGGAGCAGGUUUUAGAGAUGUUGAGAUGUGUAAUUAAGGGCGAUACGGACGGCUUUACUUGUUGGUUACUUUACUGAUCGGGUCCAUUCGCGCACCCAGUCGCGGGGGUCCUCAUUCCUUGGUCUCACAUUCGUUUGGAAGUCGACUUACCUACGUCGCUGGACGCUCAGCUGUCGAUCUCAGUUACCAUACUUACUCUUUCGUCUACGCGAGGCACCUUUCGUGCUUGCUUGCCAUACGGGUUCUACUACUCGCAAAUAGCGGCCUUGCCCACGUCGUAAAUACCCUUUCGCAUACUUCCUAGUGUUGAUUGAACCGAGGUCGUGUCGUCCAUGUUCAUGAGCUGGCUUUGUGAACAUGACACCAUGUUAUUUGUGCUC